AUGUGUCCCGUCCCCCCGCCGCCGCCCCGCGCUCCUCCUUCCGAUCACAAUGCUGGCGUCAGUAAGCAGAGUAAAAAAAACCCUACGAGAUACAAGGCCUGGGAGGCCAGCGGAGUCACAUAUACUACCCCGCACCCCGGUUUCUCCACUGUCCUCUCCCUCCGGCCACAGCAAACAGCUACUCAGCGGCAAAUCGGGGUCUCCACGGCGCCUGUCCUCGGUGCUCGGCCCCUCGCGGUACCCAAACCGCGGGCUGACGGCGAGCCCCCAUCCCUGCCCCCCGCCGCGGGCCAAGCGUCCUCUGACAGGUCCCAGGUGCCGGCGGCCCCCGCGGCCGCAGCCGAGAGGAAGGCGCGCGGCCGUCUCCCCGGAGCUGCCCCCUCAGGCCUCUCGCCCACCCCGACCCACCCCAAACAGGCCCCACCAAGAAAUACAGGGAUAGAGAGUACAAAGAGCCAAGCCACACACCAAAGAGCCUCCAAGACCUCCCUAUGGAAGAAAAACUUCGCCUCACACGCAUCCACACACGCAUACGCCCAGCGCGCGCCGGGGAGAGCAGCUCUUACCUGUUCCCCGCGGUGCCGCUCACCCCUCCCCCCCCCAACCCAGGUCUGGCCGCGUCCCCUCCCCCGCGGUGGGUGCCCCGGCCGCCCGCUCCGAAAGCCGCACACUCACCGCCUGGCUGAGCGCGCCCAGCGCCUGCAGGGCCCGGCGGCGGCGGCGGCGGCGGCGGCGGCGACCGAGACAGCGGCUGUAGCGGCGGCGGCGGCAGCGGCGGCCCCAGUCGGCGUCAGUCAGACUGGAGCCGCGAAGCCUCAUCGCCCGUAUUAG